AAUCCUUAGAUAAGAUUUGUCACAUCUUAGUUGGAAUCAGUGGUUGGAAGCCCCCGACAUUUUAUGAAAUACGCGAGUGCGUUCAGUACAGAUAUUUUCAUUUGAGGUUAAGAUUUUCAGCACAUGCGGUAAAAAUCAGUCGCUGAGAACUUGCGGCCGGAAAUUGUUUUUUUUUUCACAUGUUAAUUUUGCGUAUUUAUCGCGCCACUUUUGCUUUUAAUUAUUUCGUGAACAAUAAUCACAAUAGUUAUUAUCACUCUAUAUGAUCUUUUCUAUUUUUAUAUUCCGCUGAACGCAUGAAACGUGUUCACGCCGCGAUGGAGCUAGAAAAUUAUAGUAACAUUCCAUCGUCCAAAGUUCGUCUUGUGGAACGAAAUGUUACGCCUCAAGGAGUUACAUUGGUUAAUCCAUCGGCUAUUGCAAAAAAAGCACCGAAUGAUUUAGUGAUGCUCGCUCUGGAGAUACAAAAGGCGGACAAUUUUGUCAAGGCUAACGCCUGCAACAAGUUACAAAUAAUCGCUGAGCAAAUGAAGUUUCUUCAAAAGCAAGCCGAGAAUGUUUUAUUGGAGGCGAAACAGCAUACGUACUUGCAUCACGCAGCUUGUAAUUUUCGAAAGCAACCAGGACACAUUUACCACGUUUAUAUGAGAGAAUCUGAACAGACAUAUUUCUCUAUGCUAAGUCCAGAGGAAUGGGGUGGAGACGGUCCGCCACAUUCCUACAAAGGAUCUUACAGAUUGGAGCAUGAUCAGUCAUGGACACCGGUUUCAAAGAUGAAAAGCAAGGAUGACGAGCUGCACAUGAUUCAUAAAAUUUUAGAUGCAAAUCAGGCCUUUUCAAUAACUGAUGAUCCUAACAGAAUGAACAUAGAUAAUUGAUUUUGGAGAAACGUACUCGUUUAGCAUAACUAGCCUCAUGUAAAGAUUAUCGAAGGUAAUCUUUUUUUCCUGAUACUUUACCAGAAAAAAAUGUUAGUCUCGGAGUUCGUCUUUGAGAAUAUUCUAGUACUUGGAACAAGCACCGACCUCUGCUUGACUUCUUAAUCAGCUAUUACAAUUACCAAUGAAAUGUGACGGUAAAAUAUUAAUUUGUCUAUAAAUAUAUGAUGCACUCACCGCCAAUGUGGCAUCAAUGCAGCAUCGAUUGAUGUUUUAACAAUUAUGUAUUUUCAUUUCAAGAAACAGUCGUUUUUGUAUAGUAACAAGUGUUCCUUUCAUAACAUUCUGCCUGGUGGCAGUCUAACAAUGUAUGCGUUAUAACUUGCUCUAAAGAACUAUUUAUAGAAUUUACACACCAAUGUCCUGCAAUGUGAACUGAAGUUUGUGUUCGAUAAUCGCGUGCGUCGUUGAUCAACUAUACAGCACUGCAAUUGUCACACAUUGGUGUGAAUUUAAAGCUAACAGUUUCUAAAAAUAUUUUCCUAUUCAUUUACUCGGGAACAAGUGAUGACUAUGUAAAAUAUGCAUAAAAAUUUGAUGAAAGAUCAAUUCAUUCAUGGAAGUACAAUUUAUAUUAUUUCAUCGCCUCAUAUGCCAGUGAACAAAGUUAGUUGUCUCUAG